ACCUUGUAAAUCGAUCCUUUCCCAUAGGUUUAAAUGGUAGAUCAAUCGAUAGAUCGCAAAGCACGCCACGCCACUGGUGGCAGCACGGUGUAAUCUACAUCUCAUAUUUUAUCUCCGUUGGAGUAAUUGACCCACGAGUUAAGACGGGAGCGAAAAAAGAAGAAAAAAAAUUUAAGACGGAAGAGGGGCCACGUAUUGAGCUGUCUCAGUCUGUUACAAAACUGAAACUCUGUCGUGAGGAAAUAUGUAUAUAGAUCGUGCCAUUUUCCUCUUUUAAAAUGUUAAGGCUCCUGAUUUUCACGUACCUGAUAUUUCAGACCUAUGGAUUCCUCGUGUAUCCACAAGACGAUUCCAGUCCAUCAGAUGAAGAGCCCAGUCCAUCGCCGCACUUACGACCUCUUUUGACCUAUGGAUUCCUCGUGUAUCCACAAGACGAUUCCAGUCCAUCAGAUGAAGAGUCCAGUCCAUCGCCGCACUUACGACCUCUUUUGAUGUCCAUCGAUGAUCUACACUUACGGCAGUUGAGUUUCGCAGAGCUCAAGGAGACAAUAUUUUUCGUGGACAAGACACGGCUCAUCAGGGAUUUCCUCCAUGCCACGGGUCCGCAACAUAUGAUACUCCAGACUAAACGCGGAUUCGGCAAAACGACCAACUUGGACAUGAUCCGCCGCUUCCUGGAGAUUGACGCCUCCCACAACGGCACGAAGGAAACGGACAAACUCUCGCACAAGAGCUACAAGACUUUCGCGACCAAGGUUCCCAACAAGAACCAAUUCUUAGACGUGUUCAGAGACCGGCCGCUUUUCGCGAAAAACUUCGGUGAAUAUCCAGUUAUCUGGCUGGACUUUGAUACGAAAGGAGUCAAAACGCGCAGCGAGGCAGGCUUCUUACGCCAUCUCCUCAACAACACUCUCCGAUCGGCGUUCGAGGAUCACGCUUACCUCAUCAACUCAUCGAUGAUUUCAGCGGAUGACAAGAUGAACGUGAGGAAGUUCCUCUACCCGAACUCUUCAACCCAUGACGUCACGCCGCGACAGGGUGUCGCCCUCCUGAAAAGACUCCUGAGGCAGCAAUUCCAAAAAGACGCAAUCACACUGGCCGACAACGUGGACGCAAGACUCCGAGAGGUCAUCUUCGACCCGGAGCAAGAACUCGACGAAAAAGUGGACGUGUUAGACAUCCUGAUCGACGAAAACGAACCGUCAGGCCGAAUGCUGAUGACAUGCGUACUUCUGCCACCUGGUGGCUCAAAAUUCAACCACUGGUUCGGGAAACAGUAUGAGGGUGUCACAGAGGACAUACUCGAAACGGUGGUAUACAAAAAGCCCUCUUUCUUGAAUCGAAUGUCUCAAAUGAAAGCGUGGUACGGUGGCUACGGUGACAAGUUCAAUCUUUACUCCGUCAUGAAGUAUAUGAAUUGGGGUAGGAAAAAAUUCCAACCUCUCUGGACCGAGCUGGGGUCACUGGACACCUUUAAAAUGGCGUUUGCUCCAGAUUGUUUCGGUCCGAAGAUUUUGGAGUGUUUUGUUGGGUGUGAGAUUACACCCGCCAAUUUCAGCUCUCACUUGGAGGUCUUUCCUCAAGCUAUGAGAAGUCUAAAGAGCCUGCAAAGACUUGCCUUCCCAGUGGAGGCAUCGGUAUGUACCGAUGAGGUGUUGCUUCACUUUGUCGAGUUUUUGGUAGAUCUUGGUUACCUGAACCGCACGGGUAGAGUUUAUAGACCACGCUCUAGUCCACGCAAAGAGUACCAAAUACUGAAGGUUCCAAACCUGGAGGUGGAAGACUACAUCUCGAAGCUAAUCUAUAAGACGGUUGUGGCUGAAACCCCUCUCAAUGGAGAUGAAAAUUUCCGACUGGAAUUAUUCGAAGCAAUUUUCGGAGUCAGUGAGUCUCAGGAAACCAUGCGUAGGUUUGCGACCGCUUUAGCUACACUACUCAGGACAUCUGAACGUGCAAACCAGACAUCACAAGUAACUUUAGGUCACGCGCUUCGGGUACAUUUGUUACAUCCGCCAACGCAAUUCAACGUGCCUUACGUGAAAUUAGGCCCAAAUGAUGCAGAUUUGGAUAGAGGAAGGCCAAAUUUUGACCUGGUCUUCGCUGUCCGAGCUAAGGAUGCUCCAGCUGUAGGGUUUUUCAUGAAAGUCGAGUUGGAUGAAAAAUCUACGGCAUCGGAUCAAAUUUUGAGUGACGUUGUAAAUGAUUUCCAGUUAGAGGAGUUACAGAAUAUACCUAAAAAAGGGACGGUGAAUGUGUUGGUAAAAAUGGGUUGUGAUGAUGAGAUUUGCAGGCUUAAUUAUCUGUAUAAUAGUACUCAACUUGACCAGAGCAAACAGUUAGAGAUUAAAAAGGAGCAAGUUGCGAGGGAAGCUCGUGAAAAAUGGAACAAAUUUUGAAGAUGUUCUUCCCAAUGAAAAAACACAAGGUUCCGUCACGAGGUUAGGUUUUGUUUGAACGAUGAGUGUCCCUUUUGUGCUGAAGACACAGCGUGAGAACGUGUGUCACAGAGGGGGAUCCUGCGUUUGGCAACACUGGAUUCCCUACAUUUAAACCUAUGUUAAAUAAUCGAUUCUUGUCGGAGCACCUGUCCACUCCAAGGAUCGAUACAUUUCCAUAGGUUUAAACGGAGAGUAACAAUGUUGCCAAUUUGCUGGAUCCGCCAAUGGUGCGUCAGAAACUCAGUAAAAAUCUGUGAAAGAAAGUUUCUUCCAUUGCCCUACACUAAUGACCAACCUGUCAGCCAACUUAGCGCGCGUUCAUUUUAUAAGCUUAAUAUUGUAGAAUUAUAGGGGACUGAGAUACGUUCAACCUGCUCAGGCUAUCAUAAAUUAAAUGGAGUGUUGAUUGAACAAUCAUUAAUGAAUUCUGUUAGGCUGCGGAAAACUGGAAAAAAUCGAGAGAGAAAUACAAAUUUACGUUUACCGUAAAAGAAGGACUUGAGCUAAUUGCUAAGAACGAUGUUCACCAAGAUUGAUAUAAAUUAGUGCAAGAGCUCAGACGAAAUGAUAAAAAUGUCUAAAAGUACCUAUCUAUUUCUGCUCAGCAGCUGUCCACUUUGCAUAUUAUAAAGAAUGAGGGUGCUUGCAACUUUUCUCAAGGUGCAUAUUCGAAUAAAAACAGAGGCGGGUCCAGGAAUUUGGCAAAACCGUAUUUCCUCCAUUUAAACCUAUGCGAAAUAAUCGAUUCUUGUCAGAGCAACUGGCGGCCUGGCCCCUCCAAGGAUCGAUACAUUUCCAUAGUUUUAAAUGGAGAAAGGACAAUAUUGCCAAUUUGCUGGAUCCGCCAAUGAAUAAAAAUAAGAAAAUAGAGACAAAAUAUUUAAGGGUAUGCAACCCUAAAGUUGUAACGUUGUCGAUGAUGAGAUCUACAACGCUGCUGCACUUUCACUACCAGUGGUCCAAUUCCCUCGGGGCUCUCGAAGGAGAGUUUGAAGGGCACAAUCGGUACCCUCAUGGGCGUAGCUAGGGGGGUCCUUUUCUGGGGGAACCUGCCCCCCCCCAGAAAAACGGGAUCCUCCAUUCCUCACCCCCUGCUCUCUUCACCACGAGAAGUGGUCCCAUGGCCCUCCCCAGAGAAAUUUCCUAGCUACGCCCCUGGGUACCCUUCAAAUUCAACCGCCCGCUGGAAGAAGGUGCAAUUUUAGGUGUCUUAUUCUUAUUGUCAUUGUGAAAAUGUCUUGAUUUUACUAGCCCCAAUGUUCCUCGCUGCUUAUUUAUAGAUGGAGGUGGCUGUAAGGCGUGAAUGACCGAUAAUCGAUAUCUUCCCAUUUAAAGUUGGGAUAAAGAAUCGCUUAUAUUGAGGUGUUAGGUGCAGCACCCUGUUUAUCGAUUCUUUUCCAUAGGUUUAAACGGCAGAUCAAUCGAUUAGUGGAGUAUACUGACGGUGUAAGUCCGCAACCACGUAUCUCGUUUGCCAAUGUUUAAAAAUACAUAAGUGUAUUUAUUUAUAUUUUUAUUUGGAGAUCUCUCUUGAAUUAAAUUAUCCUGUAAUAAUUAUAAUUUCGGUAACUUUGUUAUAAAUUGGAUUGUUAAUUCCGAUACUAUGCUGAUGUUUUGUUUUUUCCCUCAUUUUGAUUUUCAAUAUAUUCAUACUUGAUGUUUUCCCCACUUUUUUCUGUUUUUAAUUGCUAUUGAUGAUAAUAGUAUUGUAUUGUUUUGAAAUUUCCAUAUAUGUAUGACAACCUAAAAUAAAAUAAGUGCACAGGAGAUUAUU